AUGUUCCUCCGCCGCGCUGCUCCAGCGCUCGCCAAGCGCGCCGUCUUCCGCCCUACCAUCACGCGCUCCUUCGCCAUCUCCGUCCGACGAUGGGAGGAGAAGGCUGACCCAAAGAUUGGCGAGGACAGCAAGCUGCUGCAGCCUCUGGACAGCAUCAAGUCCGAACACGACCUUCUCCCACCUGGUGCCCAGCCGGGUACCAUUCCCACCGAUCUCGAGCAGGCCACCGGUCUUGAGCGAUUGGAAAUCCUCGGAAAGAUGCAGGGUGUGGAUAUCUUCGACAUGAGGCCUCUGGAUGCGAGCCGGAAAGGCACGUUGGAAGACCCUAUCAUCGUCAAGUCCUUCGGCGACGAGCAAUUCGCUGGCUGCACCGGCUACCCAGCCGACUCGCACGUUGUCAUCUGGUGUGCCAUGUCCCGCGAUCGCCCAGUCGAGCGCUGCCCCGAGUGCGGGAGCGUCUACAAGAUGGAAUACGUCGGCCCACAGGAAGAUCCCCACGGCCAUGGCCACGGACACGACGUCCACCACGACGCAGAUGGCACGCACAACUACGAGGGCGAGCCCAAGACGAUGGCGGAUUUUGUGCGACCAGAGUACCGAUAA